AGAAACGACUGUGAUAUUUAUAAAAAAUAUAUGUCUAUAAAGAGUUUAAAUAAAAAUAUGAAUUAUUACAAGAACUGAUGAUUCGUUGUAUCUUUGUAAGAAAAAAAUUUUAUUAAUAGUUAUCGUGUCAGACGUAAUUAGUUUUAACCUGUGGUAGAAAAAUUUAAUAUCGCUAAAAUUUUUUUUUUUUAAACAAAAACUGAUUAUUAGUGUUUGCAAGUGCAGUAGUUUAAAUGUAGGUGUAAAAAUAGAAAAUGCGGAACAUUAUAUUAUUUUUACGACCUCUAAAACAGGAGGCCCUUGGAAAAAGGGUUAAAUAAAAGUGAGCUGUUGGUCCGAUUGACAAAAUGACGACCGACAUCUCAGUGGUGCGUUCGGGAUGGGACCCAACGCUUCAGCAAGAGAUUGUCGACGAGUACGAAUACGACGGAGGAAACUCAAGCUCGAGAUUAUUCGAACGAUCGCGAAUCAAGGCCUUGGCUGGUGAACGUGAAUCGGUACAAAAGAAAACCUUUCAAAAAUGGGUGAACUCACAUUUAGUCCGUUGCUCGAGUCGAAUAGGCGAUCUGUAUGUAGAUCUUCGAGAUGGAAAAAUGUUGAUAAAAUUACUAGAAAUAUUGUCAGGUGAACGAUUACCCCGACCGACAAAAGGUAAAAUGCGAAUCCAUUGUUUGGAGAAUGUCGACAAAGCGUUGCAAUUUUUACGUGAACAACGUGUUCACUUGGAAAAUAUGGGAUCACAUGAUAUCGUUGACGGGAAUCCACGUCUUACUCUUGGUCUUAUAUGGACAAUUAUAUUGCGGUUUCAAAUUCAGGAUAUUACUAUUGAAGAAACUGAUAAUCAAGAAACGAAAUCAGCUAAAGAUGCAUUAUUAUUGUGGUGUCAAAUGAAAACAGCUGGUUACCACAAUGUCAAUGUCAGAAAUUUCACUACAUCCUGGCGAGAUGGGCUGGCAUUUAACGCUAUCAUUCAUAAGCAUCGUCCUGAUCUAAUCCACUUUGACAAAUUGUCUAAAUCGAACGCUAUUUAUAAUCUUAACAAUGCUUUCAAUGUUGCUGAAGACAAGUUAGGUCUUACAAAACUUCUUGAUGCUGAAGAUAUAUUUGUUGAUCACCCAGAUGAAAAGUCAAUAAUAACUUAUGUUGUAACAUAUUAUCAUUACUUCUCAAAAAUGAAGCAAGAGACAGUACAUGGAAAGAGAAUCGGUAAAGUUGUAGGCAUUGCAAUGGAGAACGAUCGUAUGAUUCACGAAUAUGAAAGCAUGACAAGUGAUCUUUUACGCUGGAUUGAGAGUACAAUUGAAGCUUUGGGUGAUCGUCGUUUCGCUAAUUCACUUGUUGGCGUUCAGUCUCAAUUAUCGCAAUUUUCAAACUACCGGACCAUUGAGAAACCACCGAAAUUUGUUGAAAAAGGUAAUCUUGAAGUGUUGCUAUUUACUCUUCAGUCUAAAAUGCGGGCUAACAAUCAAAAGCCAUACACACCGAAAGAGGGUAAAAUGAUUUCGGACAUUAAUAAGGCAUGGGAACGCCUGGAGAAAGCUGAGCAUGAACGUGAGCUUGCUCUCAGAGAAGAAUUGAUUCGUCAAGAAAAAUUGGAACAACUUGCCGCGAGAUUUAACAGAAAAGCGAGUAUGAGAGAGACAUGGCUGUCUGAAAACCAGAGAUUAGUUUCUCAGGAUAACUUUGGUUUCGAUCUUGCUGCUGUUGAAGCAGCUGCUAAGAAACACGAAGCCAUUGAAACUGAUAUUUUUGCUUACGAAGAACGAGUACAAGCUGUCAUGGCUGUUUCGCAAGAGCUUGAAGCCGAAAACUAUCAUGAUAUUCUUAAGAUAAACGAACGCAAGGUCAAUGUAUUGCGUUUAUGGAAUUAUUUAUUAGAAUUAUUACGCGCUAGGCGUAUGAGACUCGAGCUGUCACUUCAGCUUCAGCAAAACUUCCAGGAGAUGCUUUACAUUCUUGAUAGCAUGGAAGAACUUAAGCAGCGUCUUUUGACCGAUGACUAUGGAAAACACUUGAUGGGAGUAGAAGAUCUUUUGCAGAAACACUCGUUAGUUGAAGCGGAUAUUAAUGUUCUUGGUGAACGGGUGAAGGCUGUGGUACAGCAAAGUCAAAGAUUUUUGGAGCAAGAUGAAGGCUAUCGUCCUUGCGAUCCUGCUAUUAUUGUCGAACGUGUUCAGCAGCUUGAAGACGCUUACUCUGAGCUCGUGCGUUUGGCAGUUGAACGACGGGCCAGACUUGAAGAGUCACGGAAACUUUGGCAGUUCUACUGGGACAUGGCCGAUGAAGAAAACUGGAUCAAGGAGAAAGAACAAAUCGUCUCUACUGGUGACAUUGGACAUGAUCUUACGACUAUCAAUCUUCUUUUAUCUAAACACAAGGCACUGGAGAAUGAAAUCCAAUCUCACGAGCCUCAGCUUAUGUCUGUAGCUGCCGUAGGUGAUGAGCUGGUUCGCCAACAACACUUUGGUUCCGAUAGAAUUCAAGAAAGACUUCAAGAAAUUUUGGCAAUGUGGAAUCAUCUGUUAGAUUUGUCAGCAUUUAGACGUAAACGUCUUGAAGAAGCUGUUGAUUACCAUCAACUAUUUGCUGAUGCCGAUGAUAUUGACAUCUGGAUGUUGGAUACUCUUCGACUUGUGUCUUCAGAAGAUGUUGGUAGAGACGAAGCAAAUGUUCAAUCAUUACUAAAGAAACACAAAGAUGUUACUGAUGAGUUGAAGAAUUAUGCAACAACAAUUGAACAAUUACAUCAACAGGCUGCUUUACUUGGUGAACAAGACGCUAAAUCACCAGAAGUUCUCGAGCGACUUGCAUCGAUUGACUCUCGUUACAAGGAACUUUUGGAGCUUGCCAAGUUGAGGAAACAGAGACUUCUUGAUGCUUUGUCGCUCUACAAACUCUUCAGCGAAUCUGACGGUGUAGAGCAAUGGAUCGGAGAAAAGAACCGUAUGUUAGAUACAAUGGUACCAGCUAAAGACAUUGAAGAUGUCGAGAUUAUGAAGCAUCGUUACGAUGGUUUCGAAAAGGAAAUGAAUGCAAAUGCAUCACGAGUAGCUGUUGUUAAUCAAUUAGCACGUCAACUUCUUCACGUCGAGCAUCCUAAUUCUGAAGAGAUCGUUGUAAGACAGAAUGAGCUCAAUCAGAAGUGGGCGGAGCUUCGUGAUAAGGCAGAAAACAAACGAGAAUCAUUGAACUCAGCUCAUGGCGUACAGACCUUCCAUAUUGAAUGCCGCGAGACUGUUUCAUGGAUUGAAGAUAAAAAGAGGAUUCUUCAGCAGACAGACAGCUUGGAAAUGGAUCUUACAGGUGUUAUGACACUUCAACGAAGACUCAGUGGUAUGGAGCGUGAUCUCGCUGCUAUUCAAGCUAAAUUAGAUGCCCUUGAAAAAGAAGCGCAGUUGAUUGAAAAAGACCAUCCUGAAGAAGCAGAACUUAUUCGCGAAAGAAUAACACAAAUUCAAUCUAUUUGGGAGCAAUUGACCCAGAUGUUGAAAGAACGCGAUGCGAAAUUGGAAGAAGCUGGUGAUCUGCACAGAUUCUUACGUGAUCUUGAUCACUUCCAAACUUGGUUGACAAAGACACAAACUGAUGUUGCCAGUGAGGAUACUCCGACAAGUUUGACUGAUGCUGAAAAAUUACUUACGCAGCAUCAAAAUAUCAAGGAAGAGAUCGAUAAUUAUAUGGAUGAUUACACUAAGAUGAUGGAGUAUGGCGAGCGAUUAACCAGCGAAGCAGGAGAUGGUGAUACUCAGUACAUGUUCCUUCGAGAGAGACUCAAUGCUCUUAAGAUGGGAUGGGAAGAGUUGCAUCAAAUGUGGGUCAAUCGACAGAAUUUACUAUCAAAUUCAUUGAACCUUCAGCUGUUCGAUCAAAACGCAAGACAAGCCGAGGUUCUGUUGUCUCAGCAAGAACACGUUCUUGCUAAAGACGAGACUCCUUCGAAUUUCGAGCAGGCAGAAAAUAUGAUAAAACGUCACGAAGCUUUCAUGACUACUAUGGAUGCAAACGACGAGAAGAUAAAUUCUGUUGUUCAAUUUGCCACACGAUUGGUUGACGAAGGCCACUUUGCUUCGGAUAAAGUCAAAAAGAAGGCUGAGAAUAUUAGCGAACGUCGUAGCGCCAAUCGUGAAAAAGCUAAUCAGCUAAUGGAGAAAUUGAAAGAUCAGUUACAGUUGCAAAUGUUCUUGCAGGACUGCGAAGAACUUGGCGAGUGGGUACAAGAGAAACAUAUUACUGCCCAAGAUGAGACUUACAGAAGUGCUAAAACCGUUCACAGCAAAUGGAUGCGUCACGAGGCAUUCAUGGCUGAAAUAGCGAGUAAUAAAGAUCGGUUGGAACAACUUCAGCGUGCCGCAAAUGACCUCAUUCAACAGAAACCUGAACUUGAGAAUAUUAUUAAUCCAAAAGUUUCAGAACUCGCUGAUCAAUUUGAAGAACUUGAAACUACAACACAAGAGAAAGGUAAACGUUUGUUUGACGCCAAUCGUGAAGUUCUUAUUCAUCAAACUUGUGAUGAUAUCGACUCGUGGAUGAACGAACUAGAGAAACAAAUUGAAAGUACAGAUACUGGAUCGGAUCUUGCUUCUGUAAACAUUCUUAUGCAGAAACAACAAAUGAUUGAAACACAAAUGGCAGUUAAAGCACGACAAGUUACUGAGCUUGACAAACAGGCAGAACAUCUUCAGACUACAGUUCCAGAUGAAACGAUGGAAGAAAUAAAAUGUAAAAAAGAAAAAGUUGCUCAGCGAUUUGAACAGCUCAAGGCACCUUUGAUUGACCGUCAACGUCAGUUGGAGAAGAAAAAAGAAGCCUUCCAAUUCCGUCGUGAUAUUGAGGAUGAAAAACUAUGGAUUGCUGAAAAAAUGCCACAAGCUACAAGUAACGAGUACGGUAAUUCGCUCUUUAAUGUUCAUAUGCUGAAGAAAAAGAAUCAAUCACUUCGUACAGAAAUUGAGAAUCAUGAGCCGAGAAUAAAUGCUGUAUGUGCCAAUGGACAAAAACUUAUUGACGAAGGUCACGAAGCAACUUCUGAAUUCCAGAGACUUAUUUCUGAGCUUCACGAAAAAUGGCGUGAAUUGAAGGAAGCAAUUAACGACAGGAAUAAUCAUCUUCUUCAAAAUGAAAAAGCCCAACAGUAUUUCUUCGAUUCAACCGAAGCGGAGUCCUGGAUGAGCGAACAGGAACUUUAUAUGAUGGUCGAAGAUCGCGGAAAAGACGAAAUUUCAGCGCAAAAUUUGAUGAAGAAACACGAAUCAUUGGAAAAUGCUGUUGAGGAUUACGCUGAGACAAUCCGUCAACUAGGAGAGACUGCCAGGCAGUUGAUAAAUGACCAACAUCCUCUAGCAGAUCAAAUUGCAGUCAAACAAUCGCAAGUCGACAAACUUUAUGCUGGUCUUAAAGAUCUUGCUGGUGAAAGACGUGCUAAAUUAGACGAAGCACUCCAACUGUUUAUGUUGAAUCGCGAAGUUGAUGACUUGGAACAGUGGAUCGCGGAGAGAGAAUUGGUUGCCGGUAGUCAAGAACUUGGACAGGAUUACGAUCAUGUUACCCUGCUGUGGGAGAGAUUCAAAGAGUUUGCUCGUGACACUGAAGCCAUUGGAUCUGAGCGCGUGGCCGCUGUAAAUGAAAUCGCAGAUUCAUUAAUUGCAACUGGACAUUCAGAUGCCGCAACAAUUGCGGAAUGGAAAGACGGACUCAAUGAAGUAUGGCAAGAUCUAUUGGAGUUGAUUGAAACUCGCACCCAGAUGUUGGCAGCAAGUCGUGAAUUACACAAGUUCUUCCAUGACUGCAAAGACGUUCUCGGAAGGAUUCUUGAGAAACAAAAUGCCAUGUCUGAUGAACUUGGACGUGAUGCUGGUUCAGUAUCAGCACUUCAACGUAAACACGCAAACUUUAUUCAAGAUUUAUCGACACUUCAGAAUCAAGUGACGCAGAUACAAGAGGAAUCAGCAAAACUACAAGCCAGUUAUGCUGGUGAUAAAGCCAGUGAGAUAACUAAUCGUGAAGCUGAAGUUGUUGCUGCUUGGAAUAAUCUCCAAGCUCUUUGCGAAGGCAGGAAAGCUAAACUUGAAGACACAGGUGAUCUAUUUAGAUUCUUCAAUAUGGUAAGGACUCUUAUGAUUUGGAUGGAUGAUGUCGUAAGACAGAUGAAUACUUCGGAGAAACCACGAGAUGUAUCUGGAGUUGAAUUAUUGAUGAACAACCACCAGAGUUUGAAAGCUGAAAUAGACACCAGAGAAGACAACUUGUUGGCUUGCAUAAAUCUUGGAAAAGAUUUACUUGCAAGAAAUCACUACGCCAGUGUACAAAUAAAAGAAAAAUUAUCAGCAUUAACAGAUCACAGAAAUGCUUUAUUACAUCGGUGGGAAGAACGCUGGGAAAAUUUACAACUUAUUUUAGAAGUUUAUCAGUUCGCAAGAGACGCUGCGGUUGCUGAAGCUUGGCUAAUUGCCCAGGAACCUUAUCUCAUGAGUCAAGAGCUUGGACACACGAUUGAUGAAGUUGAAAAUUUGAUAAAGAAACACGAAGCGUUUGAAAAAUCAGCAGCUGCACAGGAAGAAAGGUUUAGUGCCUUGGAACGCUUGACUACGUUUGAGUUGAAAGAAUUGAAGAGACGAGAACAAGAGAGAGAAGAAGAGGAGAGACGUAAGAAAGAAGAAGCUGCGGCUGCUGAAGCAGCACGAUUAGCUAAAACAACACCUGUUACUAGUCCUGAUGAACCAACAAGUGAACGGGUCGAAGCUGAUGGUGUCACUAGUGGUGAGCGUGGCGAUGACGAUCAUGUGGCACCGCGCAAGGCUUCUUCUACACGAACACCGCAAUCCCAAGAAAAACCCAAGGAAGUGCAUGUUCAGAGGCCUCAGCGAUUCUCUUCUGGAGAUGUGACACGACCUAUUACUCCAACAACUUCCAAAUCUCGUGCUUCUGUCCCAUCAACACCAACAACUCCUAAAGGUGGAACUGGUUCCGAACCCGGUACACUGCGACGUAAGGAACGUAGUCGCAGCAAGUCACCGUUCAGAAGCUUCCGUUGGAAAAAAACUCCCAAGUCACCGAGUUUAGAUCGUAGCGGUGUGAGUGAUGACGAGCACAGCUUCCACGAGCAGAGAAGCCCGAGUGACGAUGAAUUCGAAGGGACACUUGUGCGUAAGCACGAGUGGGAAAGUACAACGAAAAAAGCAACAAAUCGAUCAUGGGACAAAGUAUAUAUGGUUGUCCGUGGACAAAAUCUUGUAGCGUACAAAGAUCAAAAGUCUUGCAAGGCAGCUCCGGAUCAACUUUACAAAGGUGAAGCACCCUUCGAUCUUCGUGGUGCUACAAUCGCCGUUGCUAGUGAUUACACCAAGAAAAAACACGUCUUCCGAGUCAAGUCACAGGGUGGUGCAGACUUCUUGUUCCAAGCUAAAGAUGAUGCUGAAAUGAAUGAAUGGGUCACGGUAUUGAACCAAGCUGCCCAAGGUGCUGCAGGAGCGAGUACAUCGAGAGCACAUACUCUCCCAGCACCAACUCAAGCUGAAACAAAACGACGCAGCUUUUUUACUCUUAAAAAGAACUAAACUGGAGCGGUAGAAUAUUUACCGGAAUGAGUUUGGACUAUUAUGCAAAAAGAAAAACAAUUCAAGAUGAAAUGAUAAUAAUGCUGCUAUUUCGUCGCUCUACUAUGUUAAAGCAACGCUAAUAACAAAUUAUAAUAAGAUAUAAACAUCCGACUAUAUAUAUAUAUAGUCAUAAGUGAUUUAAUUGUCAGAUUUUAAUUUAAACAGAGACUUUUUUUUUUUAUUAUAUCGGCAAACGGCAGAUUUAUAUUAAAAUAUUUAUUAAUAAUUUGUCGUGUUUGACGUUUUAAAAUAUAUAUGCAUAUACAUAUUUUAAAACGACUUGCAAUUGCCAUAAUGAAGAGAGUAAUCUAACAUCAAACUUUCCCAGGUUAGCGAGAUUUCGAUAAAAGUAUUGAUUUUGUUUAUUUCUUUUUUUUUUUUUUUUGUAAAAAAAUUUUUACGCAUGACAAGAUAAAGAAUAAAGAGUAAAUAUAUUUGGCUCUUUCGUGUUUGAAAAAUUUUCUAAAUGAUUUAUAUUUAUUAUUAAUUAUUAAUGUUAAAAAUUUUUUAUAAAUGUUAUUUUAAAAUUUAUCUUAACGACUUCAUUUUGCAAUAAAUGCUUUAAAAGUAUUUAUAUAUUAGUAAAAACGCACAAUUUUUCACUGAAAUUUUAACCAACUAUGAAAAAUAGUGACGUAAGACUAUAUUAGUCGGUUUACUAGUUUAUUUUUACAAAAACAAAAAAUUAAAAAAAUACAUCUAUAUAUAUAUAAUUGACGAAUGAUAUUUAUAAAAGUUUUAUUAAUUGUAAUUGUAUCUUUUCUUUCAUUUUAAAUGCGUUAAUUAAAGAGCUUACGUUUUAAUGACUGCCAUUUAUUUUGUAAGAUCGCUCUCCUGGGAUCGUUUUAUUAUAAUGAUUAAAUAAAUGAAGAUAAUUAAUAAUAAUAAUAAUAAUAAUAAUAAUAAUAAUAAUAAUAAUAAUAAUAAUAAUAAUAAUAAAAAGUAAACUUUUAAAGAAUGUUAUAUUACGUGAAAAAAGAAAUAAAAUAUUAAAAGAAAAAUAAAUAUUAUUGUAAUGACAAAGAGUUUCCUCCAAUACGAGAUCGUUAGGUAAAAAAAAUUAUAUACAAAUAAAAUUCAUAAGCUCUAGUUGAUUCUCUCGAUCUUUAUGACUGUUUCGUAUUAUUGUCUUCGAACAAAACCGACACUAUAAAUAAAUUAAAUUAUAAAAGAUAAAGUGAAAAGUAAUUAUAAUAAUAAUAAUUAAAAAAAAACUAAGUGAUUCACGCGAGCUUUGAUGCAUGCGAUCGGACACUGCAAUUUCUUACGACAAAUAGCUUGAAAAUUAUAUAGUUUCGAAUUGUUAUUUUUUUUUUUCUUUAUAGUAUUUAUGGAAUGACGUGUAGUGUUUUAAUUUUUUUUAAAUUGUAAAUCAUACUAUAUAUAAAAACAUAAUUAAAAAAUUAAUUCGAUUUAAACGGUAAUUAUUACCCUGUUAUAUUUAUAAUUCUGUUGCUUAUUAUUUUAUUUUUCACGUGAAUUUAAAUAAAUUUUCAUUGAGCGAAUGAGACUUAAUCAUACCCAUAUAAUGACUGACAGAUGUCAUUAUUUUAUUUUAAAUUUAAAUUUAAAACAUCACAAUGCGCUCUAUUUAAAUAUAAAAUUGUCAAAAGAAAAAAAAAACUCGUAAACUAGAGCAAUACGUCCGUUUCAAUAUUGAAAGAAACAAAAGCUUUUAUUGCACGAAAAAUAUAUAUUUAAAUAUGCACAAUAUGUGUAAAGACAAUUGGCUUUAAUGUCGAAUUAUAAUUUUAAUUAUUUUAAUCCUUUUGCAAUUUACGCGACAUAAUAAUCGCUCUGUUUUUUAUAUAAAUAUAAAUAUUAAAAUAAUUAAAGUAGGAUAAAUAAAAAUGGAUACAAAAAAAAAUUAAUGAAUAUAAUUAAUAUAAAUAAUAUAUAAUUAUAAAAGAAAUAAAUAGUUCGCUCUUUUUCGUUUUUAAAAGGCCUUCCUUGAAAAAAAAUAUCCAAAAAGAAACAAAAAUUUUUUAUUAUUAAGUGAGAAUGGAUGUGUAAAUGUUAAAAAAUAAUGAUAUAUAUUAAUUGAUUAAUCUAUAAUUAUUAUUAUAAAUUAGUUUAUCUUUUUAAAAUUUUAUUUCUACAACUGUGCAAAUAUGUUAUCAAGCUUUUAAUGUAUAAUCUUUAAGCCUCAUGAAGUGGCAAUUACCGAUGUGCAUAGAAGUGUCGCUAGUGCGAGUAAAAAAAUUACUAAGUUGAAUAAAAAAUUAUAAUAAACAUAAUUAUUUAAAAUUUAUGACACAGAGAAAUAAAAAGAACUAAGGAGUCUAAUCAAAUUUUACAAUACAAUGAUCCAUUAAAUUUAUCAAUUAACAAAAAU